AUUUAAAGCAAAUGUAGAUAUUUAAAAUAAAAAGUGACUUGUAGUUAUUAAAUAAAUCAUAAUAUUUAAACUGAAGUGGCGAAUGGCGCGCAUAGAAUCUCAAUUUUUUAUGAUACCUAUACAUGCGCAGAGGAUAACAGUACACCUAUAGGUUAAACAAUUUUGAUACGAGUAAUUACUGGUGAUCGCGCAAAAUUGUUUAAAAGAAAGUCGUAUUUAAGAGUUUAAAACCUUGACAUUUCGAGCGAUUAAUCAAAAUGCCAGGCACACCAAUAAAAGAAGAAAACGACACAUUGGAAAAGUUACGAACAAUAGAACGUCCUCCGAUAACAAACCAUGAACCUGCUGUACGGGAAAUUACACAAACCGAUAGAUUGAAUAAAAAGUUAUUGGUGUCGCUUUUGGAACGAAUGAAUAAAUCAAGCGGAGAAUUUGAUAAAUUUAUGGAAGAAGCUAAUACCAGUUAUGAUUCUCAAAAUGACAACGAGUUUUAAGUAAAGUAUCAAAUGCAUU